UCAUGGGGUUUUGUCUUUAUAAUCAGAUUGUUACAGUUGAGUAUGGUCUUUUUGAAGUUGAGUAUGUAGAACACCAAAAACAUUGACAAGAUUGCAGUAUAAGAAAUGCCUUUGACUCAGGGGUCAGACUAUAUAGGUUUGAAUAAGAUUAAUCUCAUCUUGCAGUUUGUCUUCUUUUUUAUAUUUAUUAGUAUAGACAGGAAAGUUAGGUGUGCAUCUGUUUAAGAAUUUUGGGUGUGAUAUUAAGUUGUAGUUAGGAUUAAUUUUAUGUUAUGUUUUUGGAAGUGGGUUUUUCAGAAUUCAUUAAUAUAUUUAUUUAUAAUUUUGUUUAUUUGAAAAGUAAUUAACUAUUGAGAUGCCAUGAGAAGGUCAAUUCAGUCAUUGAAAAAAAAAUUGUAUAAUAAAUGUGAAUGACAUAAAUGCAACUGCUGCAUGUCAACUUUGCUUUCUUGAAAUGGCAUAUGUAAUGGUUGCUUAUAUUACACAUCUUGACACUUAUUUUAUGCAUAUUAUGUCAUUUCUGACCAGAAAUACAAGUGACCGAAAAAUCAAAUGGAGUGCGACUGAGUUAAAGACAACAAGAAUUUCUCUAAAACCAAAGUGUAGCAAUUAUUUGAAAUUUGUUUGCAUGAAGAAGUUUUAAGUCUCUGCUUUUUGUUUAUUAACCCUAAAGAAGUAUUCUGUUCUUCUCUUUGAAUGGCUUUUAAAGCUUUCGUAAAGAAGCUUAUUCUUUGAUACUCUCGACAUGCAACAAAAUGUCUUGCAACAUUUUCUAUCAGAUCACCAAUGGGCUAGAUGAAGCCAGCAGUUUGGCUGUAAGAGUUGCUUCCAUGAAAGAGCAGCGAAGUGAGAAAGUACGAGAAUAUCAGAGACGGUGGUCUCCUGAUGUUAACAACCCAAGCCCUGUUGGGAAAGCAGUGGCGCCAACCCUGCAGCAGGUUACGAGCCAAGGGGAGGAUUUUGUUCCGCAGCCUGUCUUGUCAAAUAUGAAUUUAGAAGAUGAAUUUACCAGGGAGCUAAAUCGACAGCGGGCAGAUUAUGCUGCCAAAAAACGAGAUGCUGAGCGUAUUCGUAGAGAGCAGGAGGAAGAAGAGGAGCGAGAAGAGAGGCGGAGGGCAGCACUCCGACUACAGGAAGAGCAGAAGGUGCUACUGGACAGACAGAGGGAGGAGGCUCGCAGGAAAGCAGAGCCAAGCUAUGCUGCUGCUGUUGUUGUAAAUACUGUAAAUUACGAAGGAAAAGAGGAAUCAUCUAGUCCGCUCAAUCACAGGUUACCAAUGGAGAGUCCUGUCACGCCGGAUGUCGCCUCCAGCACGCCACCAGCCGGGUACUUAGUGGAGGAUAAACAACGCUUUCACAAUAACAAUAACAACUACAGAGGGCACGAAGUCGUCAAUUCUUCCUUCCAAGAUGUGAACUCCAGUCAAGAAUCUCAAGACUAUGCUAGGAAUAACGGUGUGACGGAAUCUCCUGGUAGUCCUACGUCACCUGGACCAAGUUACACUUACCAGCCUCCAGUGAUAAAUCACAGUGGAACAGCGAAGGAAGAAUUUCACAAGCGCCGCGAAGCCUUGCUUCAGCAGCAGCGACAUGAAGCACAAAUGGUGCGUAGGCGUAUGGAAGAAGAAAAACAGCGCAUCAAAAAAAUUCAGAAAGAGGCUGUGCAUAAUUUUGUUUAUAGGAGAACAUCCACAGGGUCAAAGUCAGCAGAUGAGAGCCUAGAUGUCUCCACCUGCAGCCAAGAUGGUACUGCUUCCACACCCACUACUAGUAUUACUCCUACUACCAACAAUAGUUCUUCCCUUAGUGGUGCUGGCAACUUUAACCUCUACCCCAGAAGUGCUUACUCACCCGGUGCUAGUCACACUCACCACAACGAGGAGGAGGGCGACAUCUAUUCCAGCCUCAACCCCAACUUCACGGUACGGAGACACAUGGAGAGAGUGAGGGAAGAAAUACAGCAGAUGGACAACCUAAGAAAGAACAUAGAAUGCAGAUUAAAAGUGACCUUGCCAGACGACCUCUCAGGAGCCCUCAAGGAUGGCGUCGUACUGUGCCAUCUAGCCAACCACGUGCGGCCGCGCUCUGUGCUCAGCAUACAUGUGCCCUCACCUGCAGUGCCUAAACUUAGCUUGGCCAAAUGUCGCAGGAAUGUCGAAAACUUUCUGGAAGCUUGUCGGAAAAUUGGCGUGUCACAGGAACAUCUGUGUUCAGCCAGUGACAUUUUGGAGGAGAAGAACUUCUCAAGAAUAUCUUUGGCAGUGCAAGCACUGAUCCAGGAAUCCCCACAGACACAACAGUCAACUGUAUGACAGGAAGUGGUGCAGUCGCCAUGGCGACAAGGAAAGACUGUGAUGCUGCUGAUCUUGUUUUUAGAUACAACCAAGCUAGUCAAGACACUUCUGUCGAGUUUAGGCAAAACUUUUUGUUUUCUUUCAGAAAAGUGAUAUUUAUUUUUAAUUUCACCUCUGAUAAUGAUAUUUAUCAUAUGUGAUCAUCCUGCAAAUUCUUAAAACAGCAAACUUGGUCGUCUUUUUUGUUACCUUUUCAAUCUUUUGUAUAUGGUUUAUUGGUAUUGAAGUUUAAUGCCAUAAACUUGGAGGAUGGUCUUGUGUCAGCUUUGGAAGUAUCUUUUAAACACACACACACACACACAUGACAUAAUAUGCAUUAUUAUAAAAUCAAAAUGUAUUUAGAUCAUUGUAAGUAUUUUCAUUGCAAACUAAGGAAUUCCGCAUGAAUUAUCUCUGACAACAAACUUUUUAUAAUUAUCAGUAUUUAUUGCUACAUGUAAGUCCUUUGUUUUUUUACCAUCCAAAAUAUGAAAUAUUUUAUCUAUGAUGGAAAAAUCAUCCUCAAAGUAAUGGGUUGGAGUUAAGGUCCUACUGACUACUAAUUUUAAAAAAUUGGUUGGAGAUUUUUGUCAGUGGUUUCUAAGUCAUUUCACAACUGCUUAAUUCGCCAAAACAGUAAUUAACUAUUAUAUAUCAUCAAAUUUGGCCAGAAAACCUUAAAACUACUUAUAUCAUUAUAAGAUCUGAAAAUCAUACAUGAUUUUAGUACUUAAAAACACUUAUAUUAGCUGCUUGAUCAAUUCAUUAAUUCUGCUAUUACCAGCAUGAGUUGGCAAUAUGACUGUGGUGAUUUAUUUCUAUCAGAAUGAAACAAAAUCCUGGUAGUUUUUAUUCAAAUAUGGCGGUUUGAAAUUGUCAUCACCUUGUCUAAGAUAAUCUACAAAAAGAUGGUUUUAUGUUAUAGUAAAUACUUUAUAUAUUUGAACAACACAGAUGUAUGAUCUUCCAAAAAAUAUUUAAGAAUAUUGAAUCAAAAAUUUUGAGAAAUUAGUUUGCUUUGCAUCAGAAAAUUGCAUUGAGUGUCUGAAUAGAGAAAUUCUAGAAAGGUGGAAUAUUAGGAAAAGCAAAACAUUUGACAAUUUAAGAUAAAAACCAUUUGCAAAGCCAAGGUAAAUACUAAGAAGAAUUAUAUAAUACCAAAAAAUUCAGGUGGAAUAUAUAGCCAAACCAUAUCUUCUUUGGUGCUAGUGAAAGGGGUUGGAUUUCCAAAUUCAGUGUGUAUUAAAAAUGAAAUAUAUUUUUUCUACAAUGGUAAGUGUGAUACAUAUAUUGUACUGACUUAUACUGCAAUGUAUGUCAGGAAACAAAACAUCCAGAUGUGGAGUGGUUUCGCUUAUGCACACCAUGCAUAAGUGAGCAUGGCUCCCACACCUGGGUCUUUCAUUAACGACAUAUGCGUGGGUAAAAGUCAGAUACACCGCUCGUCAGCAAGGUGUAUGGGACAUCCAUGGGUGCUUUGUAUUCAUUACAUACACCUCGCUGACUCAUGGUGGUUAUAUUACAUAUACAAAAAUGUAAAAUGUACUUAAAUUAUUGGCUUGGUUGGAUUACACUGGUUUGAUGGGUCUUUCAUAUCAGUAGUUAUAAGUGUUUUAACCAACGACAAAAUGUUCUUUUCAGUUUUACCUCAAGGGUAAUAUGUACUCAGGCUUUCAUCCAAAUCAAUGAUAUUAUGUCUGAGGCAUUAAAUAUUUAUAAUAAGCCAUAGAACAAUGCAUCCAUGGGGUGGGUGAAGAGUUCAAAUAUAUGGACGGGUGCAAAAAUAACCCGUUUUGCCAGAUACUUGAUUAUGAAAUUUAAGAAAUGCGUGGAAAUAUGGAAGUGUACUUUAAAAUUUACUCAACAUUGUAAAAUUCUUCAUUGUAUUGUAACAUUGUAAUUAUAGUACAUCACUGUAUUUAUUUUAAAAGGUGAAUUGGUUUCUGCGAAGUAGAAAUGUACAUUGGUAUUUAUUAUGCAGCGGAAGUGUUUUAUAUUAAAGGCAUACAGAUUGUGUUUGGUGAGAUUCAGUCGCAGCCAACACAAUCUGGGGCUUUCUCCACAUUCUAGCGAUGUACAGUAAUAA